CACGAAGCGUAAACUUUGGCGUAAAUUUGGAAUUUGAUCAAAACAUCUGUCAAAAAGUUUACGCUUCGUGUGACGGCGUUUUUGGUCGGUCAAUAGCGCUGAUGCGUAAACUUGCUGUCAAAUCGUUGUUACCGGCGGAUUGUUGAUGUGGAUGCCAUUGUGUGUUGUGUUGAUAUUUUAUAAAAACGUCGAAGAAAGUUUAAUAUAAUAAAAUGGACUCACUACUAAUGAACAAAUCGUGGCUCUCUGCAGUUGAAAAAGUGUUAGAGGCUUCUGAAGCUAGGGAAGCCGGUCGCCGGCCAGCAAAUCGCCGUUGCUAUUGGGUUCAACCGUUGUUUAUGGAGCGCCGGCAAAUUGGAAACGAUGUGCUAAAGCAUGUAUCUGCCGAACGUACAGGUGCGAUGCUGCUGAAAUUCCUUCGCAUGAAUAGGCAAGAUUUCGACUUUUUGGUGGGGCUUGUUCGUCCUAUGAUCGAGCGCAUGGAUACAAACAUGCGGGAAGCGAUUACUACCCAGGAAAGGGUAUUAAUCGCGUUGCGUUACAUGGCAACUGGCGAAACGUUUACAGGCCUGCAGUAUAUGUUUCGUGUGUCUCGUCCAUGCAUUGCCCAAAUAGUAAUGGAAGUGUGUAAAUGCAUUCGAGAGGCUCUACGUGACUAUGUUAAGACGCCGUGUUCGCGACAUGAAUGGCUCGAUAUUUCUGAGCAAUUUGAACGACGCUGGAACUUUCCACAUGCAAUUGGUGCCAUCGACGGCAAACAUGUCCGUAUUCGAAAACCCAAUCACGGCGGCUCUGAAUAUUUUAAUUACAAGGGUUUUAAUAGCAUUGUGUUAAUGGUUGUAGUUGAUGCUAACUACAAUUUCCUGUGUGCUGAUGCUGGAGGCAAAGGAGGCAUUUCUGACGGUGGAAUUUUUAAAAACACUCGAUUAUAUCAAAAAUUCGAGAACAAACAGUUGAAUAUUCCGGAGCCGAAGCCAUUGCGUGUGCCGUAUGCAAUAGACGUUCCGUAUUUUAUACUCGGCGAUCAGGCGUUUGCAUUUUCGGAUUAUUGUAUCCGUCCAUUUCCUGGGACACAUGCAUCGGGCAGCAUUGAACGCGUGUUCAAUUAUCGUCAUUCUCGUGGCCGUACGGUUGCCGAAAAUGCUUUAGGCCACAUAUCCAAUCGGUUCUGGAUAUACCAAACCCCAAUUCAACUUCAACCAGAAAAAGCUACUGAAGUUGUACUAACUACAAUUUAUUUGCAUAAUUUUCUCUGCAAAAGAUCGUCAAGAACUUUGUAUGCUCCUGCAACGGCAUUUGAUAGAGUUGUUGACGGGAGGCUUGUGGCAGGUGAUUGGAGGAGUAAUGACACGUUGGCUCCUUUAGAGUAUUUUUCAUCCCGGCCUUCUAAUACACUGAGAGAUAUACGUAUUCACAUGGCCAAGGACUUCGUGAACAACAAUCGUUUAAGAUAAUAAAACAAGAAACAAAACAGAUAAUUAUCCCCAUUUG